UCCAGGGAGAUUCCCCCUCCCUCAAGUCCGCAGACAUUACCCGUGAUGUUUUCUCCUGUUAACCCUUACCUCUAUCUGCCGAAGAGCACUUGUGAUGCCAUUGCGGCCGAGCUGCCUGUUGAGUACCAUGCCGACAUGGGUCUCUAUUAUUGGGACACCACGAGCCCUGAGUACAGCAAGAUCGUGACGUCGCCCGCAUACCUCGGUUUCACCUUCCAACUGAAUGCACUCAAUACGGCCAACUUUACGGUAAGAGUUCCGUUUGCCUUGCUCAAUCUGACCCUCGAGGCGCCCCUGGUCAGCACGCCCACCCAGUAUUUCCCAUGCUUUACCAGCAACGGGACAUACGGGCUGGGGCGUGCCUUUCUUCAGGCGGCCUUUGUUGGCGUCAACUGGAGCAAUGAUGGAGUAGGGAAUUGGUUCCUGGCCCAGGCCCCGGGCCCGAAUUAUCAGGCGACUCCGUCGACCACGGUCAUCGCGCCGGGCGACCAGUCACUGACAGGAUCCCAGAACAGCUGGCUGGACACCUGGACGGGGCACUGGACCCCUCUGCCUGAGCCUUCCGACGUGAGCAAUGCAAAUGCAGCUGAGUCGUCUGCUAGUAGCAGAAGCGGCGGUCUCUCCAGCGGUGGAAAGGCAGGCAUCGGAGUGGGCGUGAGCGUAGGCGGUCUGCUCAUCAUUGCCGGUGUUGUCCUGUGCCUCCUCCGGCGGGGUGGUCGCCAGGAAGAUGCGACCAAAGCAGAGGCCACGCCUCUACAACCCAACGCGGCUAUGGUUGCUCCUGCUGCAGUCAUGGAGUCAUACAAGCCAUACGGGGACAUGGGCGCGAGCAAGCAGACGUACGCAUAUUACGGUGGUCCACCACCGGUAGCGCCUGGGUCGGUGCCUCGGGCGCCUGUGGAGUUGGAUAACCACAGCGGACGCAUCCACGAGCUGCGGUCGUAG